AUGGGUCGACUGAGUGGAUUGCCGAUGAUCAAAUGUUCAUCAUGUGGGAUUGACAUCGACAUCUUGCAGCUGGCUGAUCACGUCUGUGCCAAACCUCCACCUUCAACAGCAACAGCCUCAACUGCACCACUCCCACCUGCAACCCAAGCUCAAGCUCAACCGCGAGCACCUACGCCAGAAAUACCGUCGCCGAAGGUCGAACGCGCCACGACUUUUGGAGGCCCAUCGUUCAGUACUAGAUAUGAGGCUCAAUCGAACCCUGCCAAUCGAAUGCCGGCACCACCCAGGAUAGACUCACAAGCUGCCAAUAAACCCUUUCGACCCAUGGAACUAUCGCCGAUGAGCAGCAACUAUAGCGACCCACGAAGUCGUUCUCCGCUACCGUCUGGAGGUCCUAGGUCCCCGUACGCGCUGAAUCGAAGUGCAACAAGCCCGGUACCACCGUCUGUUUCGCCACCCUCACCAAACUUUCACGCGAACAUGGACUCUGCGUUCCCGAAAUUUCCCACUAAUCGAGCAGCUACACCGCGAAGCGAACGAUCGCAAGACCGCGACAGGCUCGAUGCCACCUACAAUCAGCAAUACCCUGAACCCAGUCCCCUAUUCGCGCCUCUUAGUCCCUACCUAAACGGUGGCGAGAACGUCUCAAAACGCAUGGACAGCAUUGCACCAGGCCCCUUCGACGGCCGACGGCCGAGCACAGCCAACAGUGCGCCUAGAUCGCAUUCACAGGAGCCAGCAUUUGGGCACCGUAGGUCAGAGACACAAGGAAGCAUCAGGAGCGUUGAGAGUAGGCCGAAGUCAAGAACAUCGCUGGCAUCAAGCACAUCACGGGCUUCGGCUUAUUCGAACCGCAGUGCUGGAAGCCGGGACCAUGCUGGAGCGAUGCCCCCUCCACCAUUACCAGCUUCUGCUGAUGAGAGUGAAGGCAUUGACGCCUUCCUCGGGCGUCUUCAGAACGAGGCUCGACGCCCUGCACAGUUGACGCAUGAGGACAGGUCGAAGACAUAUCCGCUCGCGAGUCAGGAGAGGCGAGGGCCGCCGCCACGACCAAGAAGACCUUCUGAGAAAGACUUGCCUCCAGCGAACAUUGCCGAGUACAAGACUUCGGACUUCGCACCACGAUCAAACAAUAUGUUACCUUCACGUACCCCAAGUCGGGCAGCAUCAGAAACAGAUUCGCAGAGAGACCCCGGGCCUGCACGGUCGUUGCAACCACCUCCCUCAGUCACCACAAACUACUACAUCGAGACACCAUCUGGCGCUCUACACACCCCGUCUGACUCGGGCCUGUCGGAUGAUUCUUACGCUAGCUACACUACAAGAAGCAACGCCAGCUCUCGUUCGAGUCCGCCCAGCUCUGAGGCUGGUCAUUCGCGCGAUGUAUCGAAGGUCAGCCGCUCAGAUUAUCCUGCUGAGGAAAGACUCCAAAGAACUGCCAGUCCUGAUUCUUACGCCGAAGCAAGAGCUCCUCCAUCUCAAGCGCAACGACGAGUACCUGCGAGCUACACACGCCCGAACCUCGCUGAACCGAUUCCACAAAUCUUGUCUCCAGGCUUCCCAAGCCCUAGUGUACCAGAAUCCCCAAUGGACCCCGCCAUUCAGCUAGGCGCAUCGUUCGAAAGACGCCCGAAAGAUUCGUUUGCACCACAAGAUCCUGCUUUAAACCUUGCUCAGAGCCCCCGAACGCGUCGACCAGAGUCUAGACCACGACAGGCAGAAACACGCCGACCAGCGCCAGCAAGCAAAGGCAAUUGUCGCGGCUGUUCUGAGCUCAUCGUCGGAAAAUCCGUCAAAGAUUCUUCGGGCCGCCUCGGUGGGCGCUACCACAGGUCUUGUUUCGUUUGCCGAACAUGUGGCGACGGCUUCCCAACCGCUGAGUUCUACGUCUACGACAAUGCGCCGUAUUGUGAGCAUCACUACCACGAUCUUAACGGGUCGCUUUGCAACACCUGCAAUCGCGGUAUUGAAGGGCAAUAUCUGCAGACAGACAGACGAGAGAAGUUCCAUCCCAGAUGCUUCACAUGUUCUACAUGCAGGAUCCCAUUGAGCGCCGACUAUUAUGAAGUGGGCGGACAUAAGCUUUGCGAGCGACACGGUCAACAAGCUGCAGCUCCACGCCAGAACUAUCUUGGACCUGGCGACUACCGUCCGCGCAAUGUGCAGAAACGCCGAACGAGACUCAUGAUGAUGUGA